AUGUCCGACGUAGCUGCUCCGAAGAAUGAAGUGCCGGAGGAGCUGGAGAUUCGUGAUGAUGUAGCUGCUGCUGUCUCGGAGGAGAGUGGUGAUGAUGUAGAUGAUUCUAGUGAAGAUGACGACGAUGAUGAAGAGGAUGAGGAUGCCAUUCGCAAGGUCAGAGAAGGUUUCAUUGUUGAUGAUGAAGAUGAAGAACCGGAAAAAAGACGUCGAAAGCACAAAAGGCGGCGGAAGGAGCGAGAAGGGGCCGCUUUAGAUGCUUUGGAUGAAGAUGAUCUUGAUUUAUUGAUGGAGAAUUCUGGUGCUCGUCGAGGCGAAGGACGGCUCAAGCGAUUGAAACCCGCUCAAGAUGGCGACGACGAGUCUGGUGAGAAAGCUGUUGAUAGAGAAGCUUCUGAGGGGCCACGUGGACUCGCUGAUAUUUUUGCAGAUGAGGAAAUUGAAAGAGAAGAAGACGACGUCGGAGCCGUGGGCGACGACAGGAACAUUUUGGAUGAGUUUGAGGAUUUCAUUGAGGAUGAUGAGUUUUCCGACGAAGACGAGGCCAGGAAGCAGCGCCAGAAGGCCGAACAGAAACAAAGACAGCGCAAAAAGGGACCCCGGUUGGAUACUUCCAAGUUGUCCAGUGUCGAUCGUGAAAGUUUACAACAGCUUUUUGAAGUAUUUGGCAAUGGGGAGGAGUACGACUGGGCAUUGGAUGCUCAGGAAAUGGAAGAUGAGGGCGCCGGAGAUGGUGCUGACGCUGCAUUGGACGACGUCUUUGAGCAUGCAGAACUUAAAGAGCGUAUGUUGACCGAGGAAGACAACAUUAUACGAAUUGUCGAUAUUCCCGAGCGUUACCAAGCAUACCGGUCGAACUUGAGCUAUGCUGAAUUUGACGACGAGGAACUCGAACGUGAAAAGAAAUGGGUGGCUCAGAUACUUUACGACGAGAAAAAAGACACUUUCUCUGAAUUCUUGGAGAUCCCAUUUAGAACUGCCGUUGGCCAUGUUGUGGAAUUCAUCUCGCGCGACUCCUACGAGGUUCCUUUCAUAUGGACGCAUCGUCGUGAUUUCUUGUUACAUGCUGAAGAAUCGCCCGAUGAGACGGGAGUCAAUGUCGUUCACAAGCUUCUCUUCGAAGACGAUUUGUGGAGAAUAGUCCACUUGGACAUCGAGUAUCAUUCUCAUUACGAAAAACGGUACAAUCUUGAGCAAUUGAUUACCCAGCUCGAUGUUGACGAUGAUUUGCUCAAAGACUACAGACAGUUGGAUAAUAUUUCGGCGGUGCAAGAUCUUCACGAUUAUGUUAAUUUUGUGUAUUCUGACAAGAUCCGCGAGAUACAACAGAAGCACCAAGAUCUGCAGGCGCAACUCCAACAACAGAAUGAAGACGGUGAUCAAGAAGAAGCUGUGGAGCAGGUUCCCACCAAAAACAAAAAGAUUGCCAAAAUGUCAGCAUUCGAGCGCAUCAAAAAUAAUGUCAUCUACGAUGGUGUUGCAGCAUAUGGAAUAUCUGCCAAGCAUUUCGGUGAAAAUGUUCAAGAUCAAAGCUCGAAGGGCUUCAUGGUUCCAUACAGAAUUCAUGCCACUGAUGAUCGUCUUGAGUCUCCUGAAGACUUGUUGGAAAAGCUCUGCGAAGAUGAUGAGGUUCUUUAUAAAGAUGCGCAAAGUGCACAAACAGCAAUUCGCAAGACAUUCUCGGAAGAAAUUUUCCAUGAUCCUCGUAUAAGAGCUGAAGUUCGUUCGACGUUCAAGAACUUUGCUUCCAUAAGAGUGGUGUUGACUGACAAAGGUAGGGCUAGUAUCGACAACCACAGUCCAUUCGCUGAUAUCAAGUAUGCCACAGGACUCACCGCGGAGGAUCUCACACGCAAUCCUGACCUAUACUUGAGGAUGCUUCUUGCCGAAAAGCAAGCACUUGUGGUGGUUCGUGUCGAAAUAAGAGAGUAUGAUCGUUGGUUUCAAAGUAUUUUCAACUGUUUGAAAUCUGAUGGUCUUUCGGAGAUUUCUGAGGCAUGGAAUCGCGAAAGAGAAAUUGUGCUAAAGCUUGCCUUUAAAAAGUUGACAACAAUGGUCGCCUUGGGCACCAAAGAAGAACUCAGGAGACUGUGUGAGCGUUUGGUUGCUGGUGAGGUUCGUCGGCGCUUUUUGGUCAAAGUGGACCAGGCUCCAUUCACCCCCGUGGGUUUUGACAAAGGCACAAAGCCUAGUGUGUUAGCUCUCUCCUUCGGUAAAGGUGACUACGAUAGUGCGGUGGUGGGUGCUUUCGUUCAAGACAACGGGCGUAUCACUGAAUUGUUUAAGCUGGAAAACAGCCCCCUUCGUGAUCGAGAGAACGACGAGAAAUUUGCUGGUCAACUUAAAGAAUUCUUUGAUCAUAAUCUUCGUUCUUCAAAGCCAGAUGUCAUUGCCAUCUGCGGUUACAAUGCAAUCAGUAAGCGGCUCUAUGAUUCGGUUCGCCAAUUUGUUGAGACAAAUCAGAUAGCCGCCGAUGUACCUGAAGAUUCUUCGGAGUCUCAACAGUUGAUUCCCGUUAUCUGGGGUCAGGAUGAGACCGCUCGGUUAUACCAAAAUUCCGAAAGAGCCAAGGCUGAGUUAUCAGACAAGCCCACGCUUGUCAAGUACUGCGUGGGAGUCGCUCGUUACGUUCAAAACCCAUUAUUGGAAUAUGUUUCUCUCGGAGAAGAUAUAAUCUCGUUGAGCCUUUACGAACAUCAGCAUUUGAUCCCUCGUGAUGCCGUCUUGGAAGCUGUUGAGUCUGUGUUUGUGGACAUUGUCAAUUUGGUUGGUGUGGAGAUCAAUGAGGUAACGAGUGAUUCACUGCAAGCUGUUCUUUUGAACUACGUUGCUGGUUUGGGUCCCAGAAAGGCUUCUGGUUUGAUCAAGAACAUCAAUCUGAAGCUCGGAGGCACGAUUACCGCCCGCAGUGAUUUGAUCGAACACGAGCUUACGUCUGCUAAUAUUUUCAUUAACUGUUCUUCGUUCUUGAACAUUCCACACGAUGAUGGUGUUCUGGUUCGAGACACCAAUAUCGAGUUGCUUGAUGCGACGAGAAUUCAUCCUGAAGACUACGACUUGGCCAGAAAGAUGGCUGCGGAUGCCUUGGACCUCGAUGAGGAAGACAUGGCCCAUGUUGAAGAGCAGGGUGGUAUCAUAUAUCAAUUGAUGCAAGAGGGUGUGAACAAGGUGGAUGACUUAAAUUUAACUGCGUAUGGAAAGGAAUUGGAGACCAAGUUUGGCAAGAAGAAGUAUGCUACUUUACAAAGUAUAAAGGAAGAACUUGUCAACAACUAUGAGGAAUUGCGGCGCUCAUUCCAUGUCUUGGAUGCGGUAGAGUUGUUCCAGAUGUUGACUGGUGAAACGACUUCCACCUUUUGUCGUGGUGCCAUUGUUCCCGUUACUAUAAACAGAGUUGGUAAGAACUAUGGCAAUCGUGGAGAAGCGCACAUCAGAUACUUGAAAGUUUCCACCUCAUCGUUGAUUCAAGGUAACAUUGAAGAGUCCCAUGUUCCUCCAAAGGCAGACUACGAGCAGGGCCAAGUAGUCCAGCUGGUUGUUUUAGACGUUUUUCACGAUACUUUCACCGCUACAUUCAGCUUAUUGGAAGAAGAUAUAAAACGUGCCGAUGCACCAAAGUUCGUCAAAGACCCAUUGAAGUGGGAUAUGGCUGCAGAAGAAGAGGACAAACAGAGAGAAGAAGCCAAGGAACGUGCUAAGCUCGCUAAGACUAAGAAUGUUCAACAUCCUUUGUUCUUCAACUUUACAUUCAAGCAAGCAGAAGAAUACUUGGCACCACAAGCCGUUGGUGAUUGUGUGCUUCGGCCGUCUUCGAGAGGUCCUGACUACUUGACGGUGACAUGGAAGGUUGCCAACAACUUGUUCCAGCAUCUAAGUAUUCAAGAAGUCAACCAUGCUGGUACUAAAGAAUAUAUUGUGGAGCACAAACGAUAUGCGGAUUUAGACCAGUUGAUCUUCCAGCAUGUGCAAGCCAUUGCUAAGCAUGUCGAUGCCAUGUGCAGACAUCCCAAGUUUAGAGAAGGUACGCUUUCGGAGGUCAAUGAGUGGUUAGAGUCUUAUACUCGUGCUAACCCCAAGAACAGUGCCUAUGUUUUCUGUUACGACCACAAAUCUCCAGGAUGGUUUUUGUUACUUUUCAAGUUGAACGUGAAUACGCCAGUGACUACCUGGCAUGUCAAGACAGAAAGUGAUGGAUACAGACUCAAGGGAUUCUCCUACCCCAAUAUGCUCCGUUUGUGUAACGGAUUCAAGCAAACUUUCAAGAGUUUAUCAAAAGGAUACCAAGCUCCCUCACAACCUGCUGGAGGUUAUGGAAGUUAUGGUUACUAA